GGACAUUCCGGUAGAAAGUCAAAGUCUCCCAUUUGUGAAAAAAGUGCAUUUCGUCUUGUGUGUAGAAAAGUUUUUUCCGUGAACUUUUAAUCCCAUUUUAGGGCUUCUUUGUGGGCCAAAAACUAUCGCACGGGGUGCUGUGUGUGCUUGUGAAGUGUGUGGUGUACGAUAAAAUCGCCCCAAUGUGGGGCCCCGGACAAUAUUCACGAGUGAACAAGAGACACAAGAAAGCCAUUGAAAGCGAGAGGAAAAUCAUUGCGUGGUCAAAGGAGAGAGCUUCAACGGCGUUUGAAGCUCUCGUGAGUGUUUGAAUGGAAUUAUGAACCAGGAUUCUUUGUCAUUCACUCUAACGCAGAUCAGUUAUUUGGUUUCUACCCUGAAUAAGAAGAAUUGCGACAAGAAUAGCCGACAAAUUGAUAAGCUUGUGGAAGAAUUCGGCUUGGAAGCGGACCGACAUUAUCUGCGUUGUUUAUUCGCAUCAAUUGACUUUGGAGAUACUCAGAUUGCCAAACACUCUAUCCAGGCGAAACUUCUGUGUACAAAUCUGCUCUUUCUACUCGGACGACCAUCAUUUGUCUCAACUAUCUGCUACACCUUCGAGAACUACCUGUCAUCACCAUCACAGAAGACACUGAAAUUAUCACCAAAUUUUCUCAAUUCAGUGGCACGAACGCUGAGUUUGUCACAGAUAAAAGAAGUAGCAAUUGCAUAUUCGCUCCUCCAUUCAGCAAAUCCCGAACUAGCCAAAUACGCUGAACAACACUUGAAAACUUGUCUCCCAAAGUUCAUUCAGUCGUACAUUGAAAUUGAUCCAUCGCGUCCCAAUCAAGAGGGUAGUUUGAACGAUAUUGCACCGGAAUUGCUGCAAGUAAUUAUUUCGGUGAUAUCACACGGAAAACAUAGUCAAUUUGGUCUAUCGGAUAUAAUUUACAAUAAAUUUAUAACACAUCUCUGUCGAGAUUUUCCACGGGAUCGUGUACCAUUGGUCUUGGCACCACUGUUGUACGCUGAAGAGACAGAAAUUGCUGCUGAUAAAGUGUCAACGGGUAAUCAGGGAAUAGUAUCAAGUGGAAUAAUGGAUACAUCUUGGGCAAAUCUUGUCAUGGACAUUGGCUAUGCAUUUACAGUGACAGUGGAGGAUUGUAAGAAUCAUUUGAUAAAGGUGACCGGAAGGGAGAUUAAUCCUCAGGAUGUUGCUAAAAUAUUAGCAUUAAUGUGCCGGACACAUAGUAAUCUUUCGGAUAGUAGUAUCAAUUUGCCCACACCGGGAGCUUUUUGGUCAUCUUCUGGUGGUCAGGGAGGUGCUGGUGCGGGUGGAAGUGGUGCUGCGGAUAGUAAAGAAAAAGUUACUGGACAACCUGGAGCACCAUCGACGGAUCAUGUGACAUGGAAACCGGAUAUUUUUGUGCAGGCACUCAAGGAAGUUGUGCCAAGUUUGAGUUGGAAGGAUGUCUGUGUGGGAUUGGAUCAUGCGGAAUUUGUGCUGAAGGAUCGUGCAGGACUCAAUCUCUUGAUUACAACACUGAGAUUGGGAUUGCAAUCGAUGACACCGGCACAAAAUUUUCCAGCUGAAUGUCUCUACAGACAUUGGACAAAUACCGAAGGUCAAUUGUCACUGAUUACGUUGAUUCUCAAGAAUUCGGACAUCUUCUCAUUUGCUGACUACAUCUUUACGAGUGUCUCGGUGGAAUUGCUAAAGACCCCACCAGAGACGGACAAUAAGGAAAUUAUGGCGUGGAAAUCGCUGCAUUUGGUGGAGGUGUUGCUGUACAUUGCUGAAAAUGGCUUCUAUACGCCCGUGAUGGAACUGUUCAAGAUCCCGAUUCAGCAUUGUCCGGAUGUGCUGUUUAUGGCUCUGCUACAGAUAAAUCCACCAUUGACGGUGCUACGGCAAGAAUUAUUUCAAACACUUAUUCCCAUUUUUCUGGGCAAUCAUCCCAAUUCUGGUGCAAUUUUGCAUCAUGCCUGGAAUUCAGCGAGUCUCAGUCCAUCAUUGAGGCAUAUUAUAAUGGUGUCAAUGAGUGAUUGGUACUUAAGGGGCGAUAAUGAUCAGCAGCGUCUGUCGCGAAUUCUCGAUGUAGCGCAGGAUCUCAAGGCGCUCUCGAAUCUUCUCAAUGUUCGAUCUUUUCAUUUUGUCAUUGAUUUGGCCUGCCUGGCGUCCAGGCGGGAGUAUCUAAAGCUAGAAAAGUGGCUGAGUGAUAAGAUUCGAGAGCAUGGUGAACCCUUUGUGCAAGUUAUGGUGAAAUUCCUCCAGAGACGUUGUCCCCAGAUUCUAGGUGCUAAAAUUAUCGAUGAUCAGAUUCCAAAGGCAGCCCAAUUGCCCCAUGAGACACUCAACACGAUGAUGUCCUGCCUCCAUGCUUGCGUGGGAAAUGUCCAGCCAGAACUCAAUGAAAUUAUCAUGACAAUGAAUGCCAAUUGCAAUAAUUUGUUGAAGAUGCAGCAGCAGCGACAGCCACCGCCGCCAAAUGUUCUGCGACAGCAUCGUGGAAUUGAGACACCAUUCAAUACAUCGACACUCGGUGGGCAAAUCUUUACGGCACCAUCGGUGGAUUCUUUUGCAUCAAAUAUGGCUGGUUUGAAUUUGGGUGGUCCGGGAAAUGGAGCAUUCAAUUUUGGUGUACUGGGAAAUCUAAUGUCAACUCCAGCAUCUCCUUCGAGACUCCUGACAGCUCCAUCCAACAGUCCCUUCUCCAUAAUGCCAAUGCAAACGACACCUCAGGUCAAUAUGGCAAGGAUUCAGCCAACACCAACAGGUGAUAAAAUAACAAUGGCACCAAAUACCCAGCAACUGUUCACGGAUGGAACUAUCACUGUUUCUAAGGAGGCUGAAGAUGAAGCCAAUAGUUAUUUCCAGCGCAUCUACAAUCAUCCACCGCAUCCAACGCUUUCAAUUGAUGAGGUCCUUGACAUGCUUCAACGUUUCCAAGAAUCCCGCAAUCGUUGCGAGAAUGAGGUGUACACGUGUAUGCUGAGGAAUUUGUUUGAAGAAUACCGAUUUUUCCCACAAUAUCCCGACAAGGAACUUCAGAUAACAGCUCAGCUUUUUGGUGGGAUGAUCGAAAGGAAUUUGGUGGCAACAUAUAUGUCCCUUGGACUGGCACUACGUUGUGUCUUUGAUGCAUUGCGCAAACCUGAGGGAUCCAAGAUGUACUACUUUGGGAUUACAGCCUUGGAUCGUUUCAAGAAUAAAUUGCAUCUUUAUCAGAAAUAUUGUGAACAUGUCCGCACAAUUCCUCAUUUUGAUCAAUUUCCACCGCAUCUGAUUGAAUAUGUCGAGUAUGGUGCGAAUCAGCAGGAACCUCCGAAUAAAUCCCAGGCCUUACCGUCCUCAUUGUCACAGAUGAUGCCAGUUAGUAGUGGUGGUGGUACAUCGACAUUAUAUAGUCGCAGUAGUUCAGUGACAAGCAAUUUGACCACUACGCCAACGGCUAAAACGCCCAAUCCAACAAAUCCACCAUCAUCGUCCUUGACCACGUCAAGGGUAAAGUCUAUUGCUAAUGCCACAAAUAUUGAUACAUUGCUGUGUGCAACGCAGGAAAGGGAGGAAAAGAUUAUAACACCACCGGAUGCUGUGCAGGAGAAAACGGCAUUCAUCUUCAAUAAUUUGAGUCAACUCAAUCUGCAGCAGAAGUGUGAGGAAAUUAAGGAUAUCAUGACGAAGGAUUAUUGGCCAUGGUUAUCGCAGUAUUUAGUGCUGAAGCGUGCAUCGAUUGAGGUGAAUUUUCAUGUGCUCUAUUCGAAUUUUUUGGAUGCUCUCAAAAUUGCAGAAAUCAAUCGAUUGGUGACCAAAGAGACUUUCCGGAAUAUUCGGGUGCUGUUGCGUUCGGAUAAGAGUAUUGCUAAUUUCUCUGAUCGGAGUCUCUUGAAGAAUCUGGGUCAUUGGCUGGGAAUGUUGACGCUGGGACGGAAUAAACCCAUUCUCCAUGUAGACAUUGAUUUGAAAUCUCUUCUGAUGGAGGCCUAUCAUAAGGGUCAACAAGAGCUGCUCUAUGUGGUGCCCUUUGUGGCCAAGGUGUUGGAAUCUUGUGCCAAAAGUAAGGUUUUUCAUCCGCCAAAUCCGUGGACAAUGGCAAUCAUGAAUGUCCUGGCGGAGUUGCAUCAGGAGCCAGAAUUGAAACUCAAUCUUAAAUUUGAGAUUGAAGUUUUAUGCAAGAAUUUCAAUAUUGACGUGUCCGAGCUGAAGGCAGUGGUUUAUCUGAAAGACAGUGAAAAGGCUCAUAAGAUUGAGUAUCAACUGUCACAGCCUGGAAAACCCAAAGAACCCAUUCAGCCAAUUGCACCACUUCAUAGCAGUAGCAAUGCUUCGGUAUCAGAUGAUUCAGGACCCGUUCCGGCUUCUGCUGCCUCAACAUCCAGUGGAAAUGUCACAGUGUCUCCCAAUCAAUCCUUGGAUGCCCAAUCAACAGCUUCGGGACCACCAGAACCGAGAUUCAACUACAUGGAGAUCACCGUAUCAAAUUAUUCCUGCAUCAAUAAUCUUAUGACCAUUUCACCAAAUAUUCUCCUGCUGCACACUCAGCCCCAUCUCAAGGCACUCGUGAGGACGGCUAUUGAGCGUACUCUGACAGAUUGGAUGACACCAGUUGUGGAACGAAGUGUCAAAAUAGCUACAACAACGUGCGAACAGAUUAUAAGGAAGGACUUUGCACUGGACGGGGAUGAGAACAGGAUGCGAACGGCAGCUCAUUACAUGAUAAGAAAUCUGUCGGCGGGAAUGGCCAUGAUUACGUGUCGUGAGCAACUGCUACUGACCAUUACUACCAACAUUAAGAGUGCCUUCAAUGCUGCCGUGACGCCACAACAGAAAGAAAUUGUCGAUGCAGCGGCUACGCAAUUGGCGUCAGAUAAUAUGGAAUUGGCUUGUGCCAUUAUCCAGAAGACGACAGUGGAGAAGGCAAUUCCCGAAAUUGACAAACGCCUAGCUAAUGACUAUGAAAUCCGCAAGGUAACGAGGCAAGAGGGUCGAAGGUACUGCGAUGAAGCAGUUUACAACUAUCAUUGCGAGAAUAUGCCCAAGAGGAUUAGAUUGAAGAUUGGAGGAAUUAGCAGUGAACAGUUUGCUGUUUAUGAUGAAUUUGCCAGAAAUAUUCCCGGAUUUCAACCCAUUACCGAUCAGGAUCUGGCACAUUUUCUGCCAACGCAGACUUUCCAGGUCUCUUCCCAGCAGGAUCCCAUCUCGAUGUCAUCCUUUGCUGCAGCUCCAUUGCCACAGCAGACUGUUGGGAGCAGUCAAUUUUCCGGAUCGGACUUUGGCACGGUCUACGAUGAUCUUGGCAGCAAGAUAGAGUCUUUCCUCAACAGUACCAUGAAUAUCCAUCAGCUUCAGAUGCAAACGACCAAUUUGGCAUCAUUGUUGGAUUACUUGGUGCAAGCACGUAGGCAAAGGGACAACAUGAGUGCUGUUACGCUACUCAAUAAAGCUGUCGAGGGACUCUUGGAUGGGUUUGUCAAUAUUCCCGAACAUGCUGAACACAUCAAAAUCUACCGCGAUAUUCAUUUGCGUGUGAUGCGAAUGAUGCAGGAUAGCCGAGCUUUUGGUGUUGUUGCGACAAAUCGCAUUAUAACAAAAUACUUGUUUGAAUGUCGCGAGGAGAUUCGGUACAAUUUGGAAGCAAUUGACUUGCUCUUCUCGUCCAAUUUCAUCAAUGUGCCCAUUUUUGACAUAAUGCUGAGUCAGUUGAUGGACAAUGGUAAUAACUAUUUGGCCGUGGUAUUUGGUAUGCAGCUCAUUCAGCAUUUCUUCAUUGAGGAACGUCAGAAUACGGUGUUGAAUGAAAGUGAUUUCCCAAAUACCAUUGAUCUGCUAACGAGGAUCUCAAUGCAUCAUCAUCAUAGGGCUCCGGAAGGUUUGGCCCAUGUUAUUGAUAUUGUGAGAUUGAAUCAGGAUCCCAAUAAUCUGCUGUCCAUUGAGAGAAUGCAGAAUCCUCACAUCAAUUCGGGCAUUGUUCAGGUGCGUUCAACCAAUGAAAUGGACGAUCCACCUGGGCUUAUUAGUAAAACGGAAUAUUUGCUCAAGGAUUGGGUCAAUAUCUAUCACAAUCAAGCUCUCAAUCGUGAUCCCAUCAAAAUUUUUGGUCAAUUUGUCAAUAAGAUGAACAUUAUUGGGAUUCUCAAGACGGAUGAUCUUGUCACAAGAUUCUUCCGGCAAGCUACUCAACUCUGCAUUGAUGUGGUAUACACGAACAUCAAUGAGGUGACAAAUAUUCCAACUGUGGGCAAAUCUAAGUGUUUCCAGUGGAUUGAUGCUUUUGUGAGGUUGAUUGCAAUGCUAGUGAAGAAUUCUGGAGAUACAGUCAAUGCUACCACAAAGAUUAAUCUCCUGAACAAGGUGCUGGGUAUUGUUGUGGGGGUGCUGCAGCAAGAUCAGGAGGUUCGUGGUGUCGCUUUUCAACAACUCGGAUAUCAUAGGCUCUUCAUCAUGCUCUUCCUUGAACUCAGCAAUCCUGAGCCCGUUCUGGAGAACAUCAGUCUUCAUACUGUCACGGCAUUUUGUCACACAUAUCACCUGAUACGUCCAUCUGUGGCUCCUGGAUUUUGCUAUUCAUGGCUGGAAUUGAUCUCGCAUCGAGUGUUUAUUGGACGUGUCCUGGCGAUGAUUCCACAGCAAAAAGGCUGGUCAAUGUACUCGCAGUUGCUGAUGGAUCUCUUCAAGUAUCUUGCCCCAUUUUUGCGCAAUGCCGAACUGGCUAAACCUGUCACAUUGCUGUACAAGGGAACACUGAGGGUACUCCUGGUACUCCUCCAUGAUUUCCCUGAAUUCCUCUGUGAUCAUCACUUUGGCUUCUGCGAUGCAAUUCCACCAAAUUGUAUUCAAAUGCGCAACAUUAUUUUGUCAGCCUUUCCACGCAAUAUGCGCCUUCCGGAUCCAUUUACACCUAAUCUCAAAGUGGACAUGCUGAGUGAAAUCUCAACUGCUCCAAGGAUCUUCACAAAUUAUGUCGCAAACAUCCAACCGGCAACUUUCAAGAAAGAUUUGGAUUCGUAUCUCAAGGCAAGGGCCCCGGUGACGUUCCUGUCUGAGCUCAGAGGACACCUUCAGGUGUCCAAUGAGCCUGGAUCGAGGUACAAUAUACCACUGAUGAAUGCUCUGGUGUUGUAUGUGGGAAAUCAAGCGAUCACAUUGAUUCGAUCGAAAAAUCUCGUACCCAAUAUGACGACAAUCGUUCACAGUGCCCACAUGGACAUCUUCCAGAAUUUGGCUGUGGAUCUUGACAAUGAAGGAAGGUAUCUCUUCCUGAAUGCCGUGGCUAAUCAAUUGAGAUAUCCCAAUAGUCAUACGCAUUACUUCAGUUGUGUUCUGUUGUAUCUCUUCGUGGAGGCCAAUUCGGAAGCAAUCCAGGAACAAAUAACACGUGUCCUCCUUGAACGUCUUAUUGUGAAUCGUCCUCAUCCUUGGGGAUUGCUGAUUACAUUCAUCGAGCUCAUCAAAAAUCCCGUAUAUAAAUUCUGGGAUCAUGAUUUUGUCCAUUGUGCACCGGAAAUUGAAAAGUUAUUUGAGUCAGUUGCACGUUCUUGCAUGGUGGUAAAGGCAAACAAUCAACAGACGCUCAAUAGUGUUGAGGCUGAAUUGCAAGAGUGCAACUGAAGCAAGGUGAUUCUAAAUUUCUGAGGUCACAUCAGUUGAAAUUUCCAAUAGUGUGAGAUGGGAAAAAGGAGAGCUAGGAAUGAAGGAAGGAAGGUGUUGCAGGGAGAGCAAACAUCAUUGAAAAAUUGUCGAAAAUAUCGUCAGAUGGGGUGAGUGGAAAUUAAAACAAAAAGAUAACAUAAUUUUAUAUUGGAUUUUGCGAUAUUUUUGGAGUAUCAAUUGAAAGUGAGAAAGUGGAAAGAGCAAGUGGAAAAACAACAACCAUGAAAAAAGAAUAUACAAGCGAGGUUAGAAAUUUAAUAUAAAGUGUAUAAAGUUUUCUUUUCCGUUUUUUUUUUACGCCACAUGUGUCGUCUGAAGGAGGAGGAGGAAAAAAAUAUAUAGAACGGAAAAGAUACAGCAAAGAAAAGUUCGAGAUAUGAAGUGAAAAGAAAUGGGAAAGGUUCAAGGAUGAACUUUUUUUUUAUUAUGCAAAGAUAACAGAGAUGAAAACGAUACGAAAGAAAAGUUAUUAAAUAUUUCUGUUAUUGCUACUCUGAAAAAAAAUGAGUGAUUAAGCAAUAUAAAAUGAUUUAAAAAAAAAAGAGGAAAAAUGAUUGUAGGACGUAAAACGAACGUUGAGACGAAAAGAAGAAAAUUAAAUAUCGAUAAUUCCUUCUUGUAAAUUUUUCAGUAUAUAAAGACAGGAAGAAAAAAAAGAACCAAAUUUGUACAUUGGCUGAGUUGUGAAAUAAUCGAUUUUAUUGCGAAAAUUAGCGAAAAAAAGGAUAAAGUCGAGAAAAAUAAAAGAUUUUUUGAGAAUUUUAGUGUAAAAAAGCCUAAAUGGUGAAAGAAAAAAAGAGAUUUAUUGUGAGGAGCAAAGUUUGCAGGAUAAAUUAAUUGAGCAAAUUAACAAUGAUGAAAAAGUCUUAUUAUAUUACCCGCUAUAAAUAUUUUUUAAAUAAAAAAGAAACAUUGUUUAUGGAUAUAGUUUAAUCAGAUUGAAUUAAAAAUGAAUAUAUAAUAAUAUAAAAAAUGACUCUUAGUAGAUUAGAUUAAUUAUUGGUGAAUAAAAUUAUUAAAAAAAAAAUAAUGAGAAUAUAAUAUUAGUAAAAUGUGUUUUUAGAUUUAAAUAAAGCAGAUAAAAAAAAUACAACAAAA